GAACCGGAGGAGCAAUACCAGCAUGGAUCUCCGCACCGGACACAGCCAACAAAAUCCCUCGCCCAAAUUCUAGGGUUCUUGCGGGGGAAUCGAAUUCCUGCCUUCCCCAAUCCGCAGAACCCCCUCCUCCACGGAUCCAAGCAUGAGCUCCGCGCAGGAUCCGUUCUACAUCGUCCGGGAGGAGAUCCAGGGCUCGAUUGGUAAACUGCAGACUACUUUCCAACGGUGGGAGCAAAUUGCUUCAAACACUGGAGAAUAUGUUCAUCUGACAAAAGAGCUUCUCACCAGUUGUGAAAGCAUUGAGUGGCAGGUGGAUGAGUUGGAAAAGACCAUCUCAGUUGCAUCAAGGGAUCCAGCAUACUAUGGACUCGAUGAAGUUGAGCUCUCUAGACGACGCAACUGGACUGGUUCUGCUCGUAGUCAGGUUGGUGCUGUCAGGAGAGCUGUUGAAAAGGGGAAGAACAACUCAGCAAUGGCGAGACAUCAGGACCUAAUGGGCACAAGCAGAAACCACUAUUCUUCCCAGGACAAUGAUGACUAUAUUGCUUCAGAAUCAGAUAGACAGCUUCUACUUAUGAGGCAGCAGGAUGAUGAGCUUGAUGAGCUCAGUGCAAGUGUUCAGAGGAUCGGAGGUGUAGGGCUAACAAUACAUGAAGAACUGUCUGGACAGGAAAGGAUCCUGAACGACCUAAGCCUGGAGAUGGAAACUACGUCAAACAGACUUGACUUUGUGCAGAAAAAAGUGGCGGUGGUGAUGAAGAAGGCGGGCAUCAAGGGGCAGAUCAUGCUGAUCCUGUUCCUAGUUAUUCUGCUCAUCAUCCUUUUCGUUCUAGUGUUCUUGACAUAGCAUAUAUACAGUAGUUUACAUGUACCUGCUUCCUGUAAGUUGUGCAGGAAUAAAUGUAGCACUACAAUGUUACCCAUUCUACCUGGCUGUUGUGUGCUCCACGUUUGAAAGAACAAAAAAAAAUCUCGCAGCUGUGGCCGUUCGAUC